GUGGUAAAAAAUUAUAAAAUAAUUUGCCCAAGACAUAACUGUGCCGUUAACUUAAAGUUCUUACUCUCGCUGUAUUUUUAAUUUACGGCUUUGUGGAGCUUGCUGGAAUUUAAGUCGUAAGUGAAACAUAAUAAGAGAUGCAUCGGGCACAUACAGCUUUCAAUUUGGUGUUAUCACCCAUUGCGCAAAAGAACUUUGCCACGUGGUUGAUAAAAGAUGGCAAUUCAAAGGUAUGGAAAAAUACCACCGUUUUGGCUACCCUGCGUGCGUACAGUUCGGCACCGGCUGAACAAUUCGCGUCAGGGACAUCUGCUACAUAUGUAGAGGAAAUGUACAACUCGUGGCUACGUGAUCCAACUUCAGUGCACACGUCUUGGGAUGCCUAUUUCCGAAGUAACUCGUAUAAUGCACCACCGGAUUUUCAACCUGUUCAAAGAAACUUAAUACCGCUUUCGGGUGGUGCUACUGCUCUCUCCUCCGGCGGAGCCAUUGAUUCAAAGACGAUUGAGGACCAUUUAGCAGUGCAAGCCAUUAUCAGGAGCUAUCAGAUUCGAGGACAUAACAUUGCACACCUCGACCCUCUUGAAAUUAAUAUCGCAGAAUUGCCCGACAACUGCUCGACGAAAGCCAUUUACGCUAAUUUCAGUUUUGGAGAACAAGAUAUGGACCGACCAUUCAAACUUCCUAGUACUACAUUUAUCGGCGGAGAUGAAACCACUUUGCCAUUGCGAGAGAUCCUAAAUCGUCUUGAAAAUGUGUACUGUAAUAAAGUUGGCGUGGAGUAUAUGUUUAUUAAUUCGCUGGAACAGUGUAACUGGAUUAGGAAGCGUUUCGAAACACCUGGAGUCAUGAACUAUUCACCAGAACAAAAGCGACUCAUUCUGGCGCGUUUAACUCGCGCCACAGGUUUUGAAGCAUUUUUGGCGAAGAAAUAUUCAUCUGAAAAGCGGUUCGGUCUGGAAGGUGGUGAGAUGCUAAUACCGGCUAUGAAAGAGGUAAUUGAUGUUUCAACUGAAUUGGGUGUCGAAUCGGUGAUAAUGGGUAUGCCACAUCGUGGACGUCUCAAUGUCUUGGCCAAUGUUUGUCGUAAACCGUUACCCCAAAUAUUCACACAAUUCGCUGGAUUGGAAGCAGCUGAUGACGGUUCUGGUGAUGUGAAAUACCAUUUAGGAACCUAUAUUGAGCGUUUGAACCGCGUCACUAAUAAAAAUAUUCGAUUAGCUGUUGUUGCCAAUCCUUCUCACUUGGAAGCUUCUUGCCCCGUGGUACAGGGCAAGACUCGUGCUGAACAGUUCUACCGUGGCGAUCAGGAAGGCAAGAAGGUCAUGUCUAUAUUAUUGCACGGAGAUGCUGCGUUCUGUGGUCAAGGUGUUGUUUACGAGACGAUGCACUUGUCUGAUUUACCCGACUACACCACUCACGGCACCAUCCAUGUUGUCGUAAACAAUCAAAUCGGCUUCACUACCGACCCUCGUUUCUCACGCUCGUCGCCCUACUGCACCGAUGUCGCUCGCGUCGUAAAUGCUCCAAUUUUCCAUGUGAAUGCAGAUGAUCCAGAAGCUGUUGUGCAUGUGAGCAGAGUGGCCGCUGAGUGGCGUGCUACCUUCCAUAAAGAUGUCGUUAUCGAUUUGGUUAGCUAUCGACGCAAUGGCCACAAUGAAGUGGAUGAGCCCAUGUUUACACAACCCCUGAUGUACCAAAAGAUUAGGAAACACAAAACCUGCUUGGAAUUGUACGCGAACAAACUUAUCGCUGAAGGCACAGUCACUCCUGAAGAAGUAAAGGCUGUAGCCGACAAAUACGAUAAAAUCUGUGAGGAGUCCUUAGAAUUAGCUAAACAGGAAACACACAUCAAGUACAAAGAUUGGCUUGACUCUCCAUGGUCUGGUUUUUUCGAAGGCAAAGAUCCCUUGAAAGUAUCACCAACCGGUGUAAAAGAGGAAACGCUUAUUCAUAUUGGCAACCGAUUCUCGGCGCCGCCACCAAAUGCCGCGGAGUUCGUCAUACAUAAAGGUUUACUGCGUGUGUUGGCUGCUCGGAAGAACAUGGUUGACGAGAAGAUUGCUGAUUGGGCGUUAGCGGAGGCAAUGGCUUUCGGAUCGCUGCUUAAAGAGGGUAUUCAUGUGAGAUUGUCUGGUCAGGAUGUUGAGCGUGGCACAUUCUCACAUAGGCAUCAUGUAUUGCAUCACCAGCUGGUAGACAAAGCUGUCUACAACCCUCUACAGCACUUGUAUCCAGAUCAGGCGCCAUAUUCAGUUUCGAACAGUUCCCUUUCUGAGUUCGCAGUUUUAGGUUUUGAGCAUGGAUAUUCGAUGACCAACCCUAACGCUUUGGUGUUGUGGGAAGCUCAGUUCGGAGAUUUCUGUAACACUGCUCAAUGUAUUAUUGAUCAGUUUAUCUCGAGCGGCCAAGCCAAAUGGGUUCGCCAAUCGGGAUUGGUUUGCCUUUUGCCUCAUGGUAUGGAAGGCAUGGGUCCAGAACACUCAUCCGGUCGUUUAGAACGCUUCUUGAGUCUAUGCGCUGAUGAUCCCGAUUAUUUCCCUCCUGAAUCUGAUGAAUUCGCUAUUCGACAAUUGCACGAUAUUAAUAUGAUCGUAGCCAACUGCUCGACGCCAGCCAAUUAUUACCACAUUUUACGUCGGCAGAUUGCAAUGCCUUUCCGCAAGCCUCUGAUUUUAAUGACUCCUAAGUCCCUGCUCCGCCACCCAUUGGCAAGAAGUCCUUUCAAGGAAAUGGCCGAAGGUAGUGAAUUCAGACGUGUAAUUCCUGAUGAAGGUCCUGCAGCAGAAAAUGCAGACAAUGUGAAGAAAGUGCUCUUCUGUACUGGACGUGUUUUUUACGAUCUGUUAAAGGCGCGUGAAGACAAGAAAUUAGAGAAAGAGAUUGCCAUCGUACGCGUAGAACAGAUUUCACCCUUCCCAUUCGACUUAGUCAAAGAGCAAAGUAACGUUUAUAAAAACGCAGAUCUAUUCUGGGUUCAGGAAGAACACAAGAACUCAGGGGCCUGGACGUACGUGCAACCUCGCUUCCUAACAGCCCUUAACCACGACAAGGAUGUCGGCUCCUCUAACCCGGCCACAAUACAGACUAGCGCCGCCGACUCUGCUUCCGAUUCGAAAACGAAGCCGUGGUUGAGUCGUGUUUUCGCCAAUGAAAAGAGCGACACCGCCGAAGGCGAACAGAAACCAGUCGACUAUUUCGAUGCACGCGAAGUUCGAGAUAUGCAAGGCAAUUUCAAUAAGCCCGCUGGUAGCCGGGACAUUUCGCCAAAAUACAACUUUGGACGUAAAAUUAGCUACAUUGGAAGGCCAUGCAGCGCUUCCACCGCCACCGGCUCAAAGGUGCAGCAUACUCGUGAACUAAACGCAUUGCUCAACGAUGCAACGACGGUCUAAACGGGGUCGAAUGCGAGAUGAUGUAUAGUGAAGUUUUAAUUGGCUUGAGAUAUUUCUGCGGAUAACCGAGAUCAUAAUCCUCUAUAUUUACAACAGCAAUGGACACAUAAUAAACUAUACAAUUACAUUAUUUUUUUCCUUUAUUUUCGUCGACAUACAAAGUAAAUAAUCAACAUGCAUACAUACCUACAUAUAUGGAGAUUGCAGUUUUAGUAGAAAUAAUUGUAUGACUAAUUUAUAAAGAAACUAUUAAGGCGUGUAUUAAUUAAAAAAAUAUCGUCUCGAUAUUUGCGAAAGUUUGAAAUGCGAGAGAAACGAUAUAAAAAAACAAAUAGGAACAAAAAUGCAAAUAUUAAAAUAACGAACGGCCUUAUUUAUUUAUGUGUAUGUAUGGCUUUUUAUAUUGAAAUGACUCUCCAUUUUCACGUAAACAAUAAUUAUUUUGGCUGUUCACAAAAAAACAAGGAAUGGAAUGUAGUUGUGAAUUACAAAGAUGCAAACUGUCAGGGAUCAAUUAGUUUCAAUGUAUGUAUGUAUGUAUGUGUGUAUUUAAGUAUAUGUUAACAACAAUUGUUUCAUCUAGCAAAAUGUCCAAUUAAUUGAAACAGAAUUAAGAUACCAAUAGUUUUUUAGUUAUUUUGACGUCAUAAAGGAGCAAUAUAUGUAUAAUUUUAUUAUUGUUUAUUAAGAAAUGAAAACACGACGACGUCACAAAUACAUACAUACUUGUUUUCCUUGACGUUCUUACUUUGGAUCAUUAUAAAAGCGUGCUUUUUCUGCGCUGGAAGAUACAUGACUUUCUCAACAGCAGACACGAACAUAAUAUGUAUUUGUAUAUUUAUUUAUAGAAGCGUAAAAAUAAACGAGAAUUUCUAAGAUUAUGAUCGCAUAUUUAAGUUAUUAAUUUACUAAAUUAUGACUCAGAUCGCCAAAAUAAUUUUGCCUAUAAAAACAAAAGCGUUGUGGCAUCCUUCGAUUGGAUUCUUCAUUUACCUUUUAUUUCUUGACAUUAUUUAUGUAUGUAUUAUAUUAUUUAUGAUUUUCGUUAUUUAUAAGUCUAUAUGAUACUAUGGAAAAAUAAAAAAAAAAACCGAUAAUAUAUAAAGAAACAAAAACCAUCAUUCUUACUUUUCAAAAGCAUUGGUGAUAAUUUUUAAGAAUUCACAGAAUCAACAUAUAUGUACAUAUAUUAAAGAGGAAAGUGUCCUUGCUUUUGUUUUUUUUGUUUAUUUUUUUUUUUGCAAUUGAAAUUUCUUGCGCUUUACAAAAUAUGUAUGUAUAAGUACAUUGGUUUGGUAAACAAACUCAACAGGUGAUAAUUGAUAUUCAUAUCUAAAAUAUUUAUACAUACAUAUGUUUAUACUAUACUUAAAUUUACAUUAAGUAUGUUUGUUGACAUACAUGUAUGUACAUUGAAGUUUCUUUCAUAAUGGUGUGAAUCCGCUGAAAAGUUAACUCUUUCUUACAUAAAACAGAUAACUAUUUAUAAAAUAUUUUGAUAGAUGGCCAUUUCGGUUCAUUGCCGAGAGUAAAACAAAAU